UCAUGAUAUCUUUUCGGCCAUUCUUCGCCGGCGUCGUUGCGGCGCAGCCAUCGUCCCUCCCUUCGUCGCCUCCUUCGUCCGCUUCACCAAAAUGGCGUCUUUUACAUUCGGCUUCCCCCUUCAGAGAAUGGUGGCAAACCUCCAAACCCUCAGUCCGUCUCAGUAACAAAGACUCUACCAGGAUGUUCUCUACUGUGCCUUCAGCUCCACCUUUCGCCGCUCGAAAAUCCUCCCGACUCGGUUCCGCGAGGGACGAUGUUGUCAUGCUUGGCAUCGAGACGAGCUGUGAUGACACUGCAGCCGCUGUUGUCAGAAGCAACGGGAAAAUCCUUAGUCAAGUCGUGUCGUCCCAGGCAGAUCUGCUUUCACGUUAUGGAGGAGUUGCACCCAAAAUGGCUGAAGAAGCACAUUCACUAGUUAUAGACCAGGUUGUUCGACAGGCACUUGAUAAUGCAAAUUUGACUGAAAAUGACCUUUCUGCAGUUGCUGUAACAAUUGGGCCAGGUUUAAGUCUUUGUUUAAGGGUCGGUGUGCAGAAAGCUCGAAGGAUAGCUGGACAAUUCAGUUUGCCUAUUGUUGGUGUCCAUCACAUGGAAGCUCAUGCUCUGGUUGCUAGGCUCAUUGAGAAGAAUCUUCAGUUUCCAUUCCUAGCACUUCUUAUUUCUGGAGGACAUAAUCUACUCAUUCUUGCACACGAGCUUGGUCAUUAUCUUCAACUUGGUACAACAAUUGAUGAUGCAAUUGGUGAGGCAUAUGAUAAGACAGCAAGAUGGCUUGGGCUUGAUAUGAGAAAAGGUGGUGGCCCUGCUUUGGAAGAGCUCGCAAUGGAAGGUGAUCCAAACUCCAUAAAUUUUUCAAUUCCUAUGAAGCAGCAUAAGGAUUGCAAUUUCUCAUAUGCUGGUCUGAAGACACAAGUUAGACUUGCUAUGGAGUCAAGAAAGAUUAGCCCAGGGAGUGAUCCUAUUUCAUUGACAAAUUCAGAGGGCAGAAGAUCACGAGCAGAUAUUGCUGCCUCUUUCCAGAGAGUUGCUGUAUUACAUCUGGAGGAAAGAUGUCAACGAGCAAUUGAAUGGGCAUUGAAGAUUGAGCCUUCUAUUAAGUAUCUGGUGGUUUCAGGAGGAGUUGCAUCAAAUAAGUAUGUCAGAGCUCGUCUGAACCAUGUUGUAGAGAAUAAUAACUUACAACUUGUUUGCCCUCCUCCAAGCCUAUGCACGGACAAUGGUGUGAUGAUUGCUUGGACUGGUAUAGAGCAUUUCCUUUCAGGAAGAUUUGAUCCUCCACCACCUGACAACGAGCCUGAAGAUGCCAUGUUUGAGUUGCGUCCGAGGUGGCCCUUAGGUGAAGAGUACUUGCAAGGAAAAAGUGAAGCCCGUUCCAUGAAGAAAGCGCGUAUGUAUCCAUCACUCACAUCAAUGAUUCAAGAUUCACUUCAGCAACAAUCGUAGUUUCGAGAGCUUUAAGCUGGGAACUGGUCAAGAAUACCCUACAUCCUGAUUGGUGGAGCACUGCGAUAAUCUCCACAAAUAGUUUGGAAACAAAGAAGUUAAAGGCGUAAUUAUAAAAAAUAAGAAGUAGUUUCAACGUUGGUGCAUAUAAAGAUUAAUUCACUGCAUCAUAUUCUGUUGCAAAUAGGUAUACGGCUGGUUCCGAAUGUAAACACAGCAAAAUCACAAUUUUGUAUUCAGUAUGUAAACACAUUUUGACAUCAAGACAUGAAAUAUUCAAUAUGUAUUCUGAUGAUUAUUAUUAUUA